UUUUGGGUGUUGUCCCUCCACACUUGAUCAGCUGAGGACCCAGACGUCUGUAAUUCUUUCACUUGGGAGAUUAAAUCUACUUCUGCUAAUCUGGUCUGAUUGAUUCCUGGUCUCUUCUGCGACAGAACGAAUGCGCAAAAUUGUUAGGUACAAGAGGUAAAGGUAUGGUAUAGAUAACUGGAUUUAUAUUAAUUGGAGUCAGAUAAGGUAAAACAAUUGCUGAAAAUAGGAAUAUUCAUAACCUAACAUCUCCUCCACCUCUCUCAGCGCGCAUCUAAAGGUAAGCAGAAUACCUGUUACAAUUCUAAAUUCUGCAUUAGUGAUUGAUUACUUUAAAUUUUAAAUUUGGUGGAGUAGUUAUGCUGAUGGAUUAUGGUGUUGAAGUAUUAACAGUCGUUACGGAAUAGAGUCUGGGACUCACACGUGUUAUUUUGGUCUGGGACCCAAUAAUAAUAUAACGCGAACAUAGUCAGAUAUAGGUCAGUGACCUAGUUGCUUCGUCGUGGUGGACAAGGUUACGGUGACGAUCGUAGUCAGAUAACUGGGGUGUUCUUGAGAUCCCCGGGGAGAAGUGAGGCCUCCCUUUGUAGACGUCUUCUUUCUGUAACGGACGAGACCAUCAAACAUUUUGCCAAAAAAAAAAAAUGGGGGAUGAAUGUGACAGUGCUGUGAAUGGUGAGAGGAAUGAAUGGAAUGAGAUUGAAAGGAUGUAUGGUGAUUUGGAAGCUCAAAUUUUGAGUGGAAUUGAUAAAAAUAAAGUAAAAAAGGAGCAGGAAAAACACCGCUCAGUUUUUGUUAAACUGCGCCAGGAUGAAUUGUUUAAAGGUUCCACGAAACCGUGGACAAUGGAGAAAUUGGCUGUGUCACUCCAACAGAAGGAGAGAGAUUUGAUGGAUGAGAAAACUCAAUUGAAAGAGGAAAGACAAACCGCCACAUGGCGACAGCGUGGUAAAUUGGACAAACUCAUUUUAGAAAAAGAAAAAGAGAGGCGAAGUGUUCACAACUUCGCUACUGUGGCAACCGCUCUUAAUGCAUUGCGCCCUAAAGUAAAUAAUGACGAUUAUACAGAGGCAAAAGAGAGAUGUGGAGCGGUGAUGGGAAUUUAUCCUAACUUGCCUGUCACCACUACUCAACCUAAUGCCCCACACAUGAUUAUGCCAAUUACCCAACCUCCGCCAUAUGCGGCGCCAGGCAUAAUGGCAUCUAUUGUUCCAUUGGGUGGACAGCUGGUUAUGGAUGUGGAAGGUGAAGGUGACAGGGUUCCCCAGUAUGCUGUUAAUUUUAUUGAACAAGCUGUGAAUGUGGAAAGACGUAAUCGUGGUGGAGUGACGCCAGGGGUGGCAGGUAACAGUCCUUCGCCUCGGGCGUCGAGUGGAGUCACUGUUACUCCCAAAAGGUUGGGAGGAGAGCAUUUGGGUAAAGAUAAGGUAAAAGAUAAGGCGUUAAAGCAGGUAGAUGGAACGUGUGUAAAUCAAUGUAGAGAAGACGAGAAAGACAUGUUGAAUUUGGCAAUGACUAAGGUUAGAAGAGAACAACAAGAGAGUGUGCAAAAGGACUUGGUAAGCGAAAAGGAAUGUGAUGAGGAAUGUAAAGAGCAGAGAGGACAGGAUAGAAGAUUGCUGGCUAUUGUGAACAAUAAUGAGUUACAGAGAAGUAGAGAGAGACAGAGUGCUGAGCUUCAUGGUGGCUAUGAUUUAAGGAGUGGUAAAACGGCCCCAUUGGGUCAGCGGUAUGAAUUGCUAGCGUUGAGAGAUGUGACUGCAAUGAUGGAUAAAAUGCCUCCGUUACAUCAAGGAGGAAAAAUGUGGUUGUCUAAAUUUUUGGCGUUGAUGAGUGGACAGACAUGUACAUUGGGAGAUAUUAGACAGAUGCUGGCUGGCGGCUGUUCAUUGGUCCAACUCCAGGCUAUUGAGGAAGCAGCGGGAACUACUGAUUUGGGGAGGGAGACGCCUCUCCCUCGCGUUGCUGGUCAGUUGUUUGAACAGAUUAAGUUGUAUUUUCCACAGCCUACUUAUUUGGCACCGACUAUGUUCCCAUAUGAUGUUAAGAUGUCUCCCCCACAACAUUAUGCAGCAUGUGUUGAAAAUUGGAUUGAGAUCACGGGAAAGCAUCCCGCCUCGUCCCCUGAGUCAGAAGUUUUGUUCAGAACUGCAAUAGUGGAUGGCUUACCCGCGGAAGUUAAAAAGCAGUUGAAAAGUGAUCCAGAUAUUUUGGUUUGUGCUGAAGGCAGAUUUAAACGUCACUUGUUACAUCAUUGUCGCAUGCAUGCGGAGACACAGAGUAAAGUGGAUAGUGAGACUGAAGCUUUGUCUAAACAAUUGCUUAAACUACAAUUGGCUAAGAUGUAUGGGGAAGCAAAACAGAACAAAACGCAGCAGAAAAGAGAGACACAGAUGUUGCAGGGACCGGCUGUGAUGGGGAGGGGCCGUGCGCCUUUCCGGGGCAGAUGCGGGGGGCGUGGAAGAGGAGCUCCACCCCCGGGGGGAAGGCCCCAAUACUCUCCCAGCUCAUGUUUCAUUUGUGGCGCAUACGAUCAUUGGGCACGGGAAUGCCCACAAUAUCGACAACAAGCCCGCCCUAUGGGAGGAGCCCAAAGGCCAGUGCAGCACAUGGCACCGCCUCAGGCUCAAGGAACAGCGCCAUCUGGUGGCCAUCCAUGGCAGGCUCAAAGAACAGCACCAUCUGGAAGCCUGGAAAGCAAUGGCCUGGCAGAGCCCAUCUUUCAAGUUACAGUGGCUGGACAAACAAUACACAUGAUGGUGGACACGGGGGCAACCUACUCAUCUAUUAAUACCAACUUACCUCCAGCCGCACUCUCAAAGAAGACCACUACUCUGGUCGGCUUCUCGGGACAACCCCAGACUCUGCCUUUUACCAAACCACUGGACACGACUAUCAAGAAAACCGGACAAAGGUUCUGGCAUGCCUACAUACACUCAUUGGGAACUCCCAUCAACCUCAUGGGACGUGACUUACUGGCUACCUUACAAGCUCAAAUCCUGUGCGGACCACAGGGGCAACAAAUACGAUUCCCAGAUGGAAAAAUACUACAUUGUCAACAAUCCUUGGGACAAGACGGACAGUGGUUGAUGGCACCAUUACCUGCCACAUCUGAGACAGCAACAAUUUACUGGACUCUCUUAAAUCCAGAGACUCCCUUUGGAGGAGGAGUGUACUCGACCUAUCUCCUGUGGAAGCCUUGGAUUUGCUCACUGGCACCCUACCAUCCUCCAGUCGAUCCCUUGCAUUGUACGUUGUUUUACGACAGGAAGGAUGAUGAUGUGUAUAGGGAUUUAUUUGAGGAAAUUGAUGGCAAGGAGUGGCAGUUGUCGUCAUCAUGUAUACUGAUUGGAAAGGAAGGUGUUGCAGCAGCCACAGAUUUGACCCCAGAACAGUUGCCAUGGUUUAAGAUGGCACAGGAUGGCUAUCCCCACAUUUCGCUGGCUGUGGCCCCCGGGCACGAAGCCAGACAGUUGGGGCCGAUGGUUAGGCGUCUUUUGGAGGAAACACAGUGGGUUAAAACAAACAUUCCAGACUUGUGGUGGGCUGAAACAGAAAAUGCUUAUAAAAUACAGCAGGUUAUGAAGGAUGAAGGGAGAGUGGAAAUGGUUUUGUUAUCCCGCCUCCAUGGCAGGGAACUCUUGGACCAUGAACAAGCCUCAGCCAUGCUCGAAACAAUGCCUGACACACUCUGGUCACAGGGACCAUUUGAUGUUGGCUAUUGCCACUCCGUGACCCCAAUUAAAUUGUCCAUAGAUGAGACUCAGAUUGUAAGGAGACCGCAAUACAGGUGGCCGCAGGAAGCUGAUCAAGGUAUGGAAGACACUUUAAGGGGUUUGUGGGACGCCGGUGUCUUGGAGUUGUCUAGCUCCACGUGGAAUACACCUUUGCACCCGGUUAGGAAGGCUGAUGGAGUCACAUGGAGAAUGGUACAUGAUCUCAGGCCAGUGAAUGAUGUCACGGUGACACCUGUAUUGCCGGUACCAGACUCGCAUCGUAUCCUAGCCAGUUUGGACCCCACGUAUCAAUUUUUUACAGUGAUAAAUUUAGCCAAUGCAUAUUUCUGUCUUCCACUCUCGCCUGAUGUCCGCCAUGUUUUCGCAUUUUCAUAUGGAGGAGUGAAGUUACAGUACAAGCGGCUACCAGAGGGAUUCAAAAACUCACCAGGUAUUUUUAACCAGGUGUUGAAGGAACUACUGACACCAUGUGUUAUGCCGGAAGGCACUGUAUUGUUGCAAUAUGCGGCCGAUUUGCUGAUUGGUGCUAAGACUGAUCACGCUUGUUUGGCGGCAACUGGAACUGUUCUGCGUUGGUUAGGUCAGCUUGGUUUCAAGGUCUCUAAGAAGAAGUUGCAGUGUUGUAGGCAGAAGGUGACUUUUUUGGGAAGAAUAGUUUCUCCAUCAGGCUUAGCCAUGUCACCUGAACACAGAAACUCCAUCCUACGCCACCCUCGCCCCAACACGGUCAAGGAAAUGUUGUCUUUCCUAGGACUGUGUGGCUAUAGCCGCAAUUAUAUUCCCAACUUUGUUGACAAAACGGGAAUUUUGCGAGGCCUAGUGAAAGAACAAGGAACUCGAAACUUGAAGUCUCAGCUUGACUGGACCGCGGAGGCAAGCAAUGCUUUUGUCUCCUUGGUUCAGGAAUUGGCCUAUGCAGCAGCAUUGGCCACCCCUAACUAUACAGUUCCCUUCCAUUUAGAUGUUUCAAUAUCUAGGGCUACUGCAAAUGGCAUUCUCUAUCAGAAGGUCAAGAAUGGUCGUGCAGUCUUGAUGUACUGCAGUGUAUCUCUGGAUAACAUUGAACAAAGACAGCCGGAUUGUUCUCGGUACGCUGCCGGAUUGGCCAAAAUUCUUCAAAAGAUAGCGCAUGCGGUCAUGGGACACCCACUGUAUGUACUCACUGACCAUGCGGUAUUGGCAUUUGUUGAGUCAGCAGCUUUCACUCUAACACCACUGAGACAGACCAGGCUUUUGAAAAUUUUGACCGCCCCUAACGUCAACUAUGUACACACUGGAGUGAACAUGACUGACCAGGUUCUGGUCGGCCCACAUGAAUGUGCACUUAUGAUCAAGCCACUGGUCAAGAUCAGACCGGAUCUAUAUGCGGAGCCCUUGGAUCAUGGUCGGAUUUUGUUCACAGAUGGGUGUUGCUGGAGAGACAAGCAGGGUAACCUACACGCUGCCGCUGCAGUGGUGGAAUGGCAAGACUGCCACUUCACCACUAUUAAAACCCAGCAGAUGUCAACUCACCCAUCAGCUCAGGCAGCCGAGAUACUGGCACUUAUUUUGGCCUUGGAAUCUGUCCAGUGCGAGGCAGCCACCAUCUACUCUGACUCGGCGUAUGCAACAUCCGCCGCUCACAUUGACUUGCUGGGCUGGAUGAAAAAUGGUUUCGUUACUGCUAAAGGAACCGAGAUUGCUCACAAAGAUCUGAUGGUUCGCCUAAGUGAGGCCAUUAAGGCCCCAGCAGAAGUCGCCAUUGUAAAGGUACCAGGCCACUCUAAAUCAGAUACACUUGUGGCCCAAGGCAAUAACGCUGUAGACGCGGCUGCUAAGGCGGCGGCUGGAUACCAUGUUGAACAGGGAAUGAUGAUGUCCCGCGGCCCAAUAGAAAUUGAUGGCAACCCCCCUGAUGCGGUUCUGCUUGAACCGCUAGAUUUGCCAGCGUUAAUUGACCUUCAGAAUUCAGCCAUCCCUGAGCAAAAAUCGGUUUGGCUCACGGCAGGUGCUUUUAAAUUGCCUGACAACCUUUGGGUCGGUCCAAAUGGCCGACCAGUUCUCCCUGAUGGCAAGUUGUUACAGGACACCUUGCUCGAGGCCCACACGCCGUCGCAUAUUGCCCCGCACUCCAUGCUAGCCAAACUUAUGAUGUGGUGACAUCCCAAAUUCUCUGAUGUCGUGUGGAAUUUUGUUACAAAUUGCGAAACUUGUCAGACAUUUAAUGCUAAACCAACAUUGAAGCCCAAACCUGGCCUAUUCCAACCCGCUCCAUGGCCAGGGGCGGAGAUUAUUAUGGACUUUACGGACAUGAUCACCAGAAUUAAUGGCAAACGUUACCUACUGGUCAUUGUUGACGCCUUCUCGGGGUGGCCGGAGGCCUACCCCUGUGCACAUGAGGACUCAGGUGCCGUAAUCAAGUCAUUGGUAAAUCAUUACUUACCGACACAUGGAUUCCCCGCUCUAAUUAGAUCAGCCAAUGGGACUCAUUUCAGUAACAAAGCCUUGGCCAAAGUUGAGUCUCUUUUGGGUUUAAAACACCGUUUCGGUUGCGUAUAUCGACCACAGAGCCAGGGAAAGGUUGAACGUAUGAAUCGUACUCUCAAAGAAAAAUUGGCCAAAAUUAUGGCCACCACAAAAAUGAAUUGGCUACAGGCCUUGCCACUUGCGUUACUUUCGGUCCGGCAGACGGUGAGUAAACAAACUGGAUUUGCACCUUUCGAGCUUCUAACAGGUAGGUUGAUGCCGGGACUGGCAUCUUCACUUGUACCGCCACAAGACUUACCUGUGCCUGAUUUGUCACAUGCAUCCUAUUGGUCAUAUCUGAAUGCACUUGUCUCCAGUGUUUCUGCACAGGUCGUUGAAAAAGCCAGGUCAGCGGCUCCUGAAGAUCUGCCAUCUCAAGUCUUGCUCUCUACUUAGGUAUAUGUGAAAGUCCUGUCAAGAAAAUGGUCCGAGCCUCGGUGGAAAGGCCCUUUUAAGGUCGUCGCUCGAACCUCUCACGCUGUCCAAUUAGACGAUCAUCAGAAAAAGUGGUAUCAUUACUCGCAACUUCGCCCAGCUCCACAGCCUUCGUGAGAUAUGGGACCGAGUCAGUCUCUUGGGCGGGUGUCCCACCCGCCCAAGAGAGGGAAGGAUGUCUCUUGGGGUUCUUUGUUUCUUUUCUCUAUGCUAGGUUGCCUGCUGAUAUGCGUUUUGAUGCUUUUGAUAUGGUCUCUGUCUUUUGUUGAUAAGCACAUGCUUGCGUCCACGUCCACCGGAGAGGCUCAGGGACAUGGACAUGCACGAGUCAUCAUUCAAUAUAAAUGCCACAGUAAGGUUUUGUAUGAAGCCGAACACAAUUCAACUGAUAGCCUGACUAAGACAGAAAAUUCCAUCUUGCACUUGAAAUGUGUUGACCCUAAUUGGCUAAGAUAUAUUGAGAUUUUUAAUUGGCAUGAGCAAAAUGCAUGUCUUUGCAUUCUAAACUACAAAUGUACUAGGAUGCGUUGUUUUCUUACGCAUCCCAAACGUUGAUACCGGAAGGUAAAACAGGAACAUGCGUAUAUUUGUGUCACGAAGAUGGUCAAUUCCUCGUUACUAAGUGUUCAGGGUCAGAUAGACUAACAUACAGAGAAAUGUGGUCAUUCUAUUCCAGAUGUUUGGGUAACUACCCCAUCUACAAUAUACCAGACGCCUUACAGUUAUUAGCAAAAGCGGAAUUUGGCCUUCGAAGUCAGCAGAUAUAUGAUGAUAGUGUCAACAGUCGUUUGCUUUCACCCCCACCUAUACAAUUUCCUGUUUGGUACUGUAAUGGUAGCCAAUGUGCAACAUAUGAUUCACCUGUGCCAGUAGUAUAUCGCACUCAAGUAGAAGAAAGAAUACAUAAAAGAAAGAAUGUGAAAAGGCAGGGAAUAUCUCUGUCCAGUUAAUUGUAAUGCCACUCGAGCCUAUCAAUUCGGAAUUCAGGUUUGUAUCCAGUGUUGUUAAUCUUACUGAAAAAAAGUAAUUAAUUAUAGUUACAAAUUACUUCUCCCAAAAAGUAAUUGCGUUAGUGACUCAAUUACCUGAAUGUAAGAGUAAUUCGUUACUUGGCAAAGUAAUUGGUGAUAAUUACUUUUUUUUUUCCCCCUCAAAAAAAAACAAAAAAAACAUUGGCCACACUAUGUGAAGUUUUUUGUGAAGGUUUUUGGUACAAUUGGCCCGAGCCCAAUUCUUUACCCUAAUUUACCCAAUACCCUGAAUCAACUGUUAAAAGUUGUUAAAAUUGCUCCCAUUAUUGCAUUAGUUCCCUUCUCUCUACUUUCGACAUAUGAAAGUUUUAAAACUGUUUCAUCAUUUAAAGAUAGAUUCAAGUCAAGAUUUUGCCGAUUUAGAAGUAUUUUAGAUAAAAAGUUACUUAGGUUCGCUAGGAAGGUUCUCUACAACAGAGCCGUCCUAAAAAGUCUACUGCUUUAAGAUGGCGGCUGUCUACUAACGCAUUUAGUGCCAUGUCUGUCAUUUUGCAUCUAGUUAUAUCUAUAUACAGUACAUGUGAUAUCUACCAUGUCUACCAUAUCUACCAUAACGUGCGGGCGUAGUUUGUAGGCUAUCGGCUACAACAUGUAUUAUUGGAGCUAUCUAGCAUCGCGUUUGCUCCUCGUCACAACUUUCUUGCCACCUCCCCACUCCUGCUCUGCUCUGUCUUCUCGGUGAGUCCGUCUCCCUCAGACUUUUCGACCAAUAUAGUAACGCAUAGUAACGCAUGCCUUUCCGUCCUCAGUAACGGUAACGGCGUUGCCAAAUGAGAAAAGUAAUUAAUUAGAUUACCCACUACUGAAAAAAAUAACGCCGUUAUAUUGUAACACCGUUAUUAACAACACUGUUUGUAUCCCACCAAACAUGACAGUACAAAUCACAACACCUUAUACAAGCUUGGAGAGCGGACGAUUUAAAGGAAAAGACUACAAGGACUCUAUUUGGUAUCUUUACAAAUAAUCAAUUAGAUAGGUCGUGGAAAAAUUUGGUAUGGGAUCCGAAGGAUUGGUACAAGUCGUGGGGAACCAAUAAAAUGGCUCGUCGGCACCAGCAAAUGAUUACAGGCAAACAAACCUCGGAGGGGGUGGUGCUGUGGAUAAGCACUUCUAAAAAUGUAGAAUGGGGAAACACGCAAGGUAAAUGUUGGGGUUUUCAACUUAAUAUUUAUGCAUGGUCGUAUCCUUACUUUCAGCUAGCCAUAUGCCUAGGGUUAAACAACUCACAAGAAAUUCUGCUCAGUCCAUUUACAAACCCUGGUGUGAUAACACAGGUCAUUCAGGAAAUUGAUGAUUGGUUUAGGGUAACCACAGGCGUCACCAGCAUUAAUAAUAAUUGGCUCCUCAUGGUAGAGGACGCUGCUAAAAGUGUACACUCGGAUUGUAUGGUAUGUUUAGGUGCAAGACCUCUUUUAAAAAUAGUCACGGCAUCAAUAUCUGUGGAUUGCACGUUACUAGUGUUGACCCAAACGAAGUUAACCGGUAGUUGCACUCCAUACGACAAAGCUUUUCCUAUAGUAGGACCUGCAAAACAUAAGCUCCUAUUUGACAGUCAAAUUGCUCGACAGAAUUUUACAUGCUUUACAUUGAACGGUACAGGUAAAAGUAUUGGUUCCAUAAAUUAUGAGUGGUGUCAGCAUAAUUUGUCUAUGACUAGCACCAGCCCAGUGUCCCGAGCGGAUCUCUGGAUCUGGUGUGGCCAAAACCAAUUGUAUGACCGAUUGCCCAAUAAUGCAUCGGGAGUCUGUUCAUUGGUAACCUUAAUUAUGCCAGUAACAGUUGUCCCUAUAGAUGUCCAGUCGCCCGCACAGAACUGGGGCGAGUCAUUGUGGAACCUCUACACAGAUCCCGUAGAAGUGAAUCUCCACUAUGGAUGCUGGAGAAGGAUUCCACCUACAUUGAUGCCAUUGGCGCUCCACGAGGAGUACCGGAUGAGUAUAAAAUAGUAAACUCAAUUGCUGCAGGUUUUUCUAGCAAUAAAAAUGUAGAUUGUCUAAAUUAUAUACAUUACAAUGUCCAACGUUUAGGCAAUUAAAUGCAUGAGUCAUUAUCUGCUGUACAUGAGCAAUUAUCGGCUACUUUAUUAAUGGCCUUCCAAAACAGAAUUGCAUUAGAUAUAGUCCUAGCCAAAGAAGGAGGAGUCUGCGGAAAAGUUGGGAGAUUCUUGUUGUACUUUCAUACCCAAUAACGCUGCCCUGAACGGCAGGUUGACAAAGGCAUUAGAGGGAUUAAGCACAAUGAAUAAUAAAAUGAAAGAGCACUCCGGAGUGGACUCAAGCAUCUGGGACUGGACAAAGGCAUUUGGCAACUGGAAAGUCCCUGGCCACACACCUGAUCAAGACAACCCUGGGACCAGUAUCACCAGGAGGCCAAUACGCCUUGGUCCCACUCCAGGAUAAAGCUGGGGGCCAAGAUGAUAGGUUGCUUACCGCCGCUAUGUAAUCUCUGCUAUGUGUUUUAGGUGGUGACCUCACAAGUGAGGUCAAGAGAGGGAAUGAAGGGUUAAUGCUGCUUAUUUGCUGCUUUUGAAUUGACUGCCAUUGCACCUGAGAGUAAUGAAGGACAAUGCAUUAUCAAGGCGCACCCUGGUUGGUUUCAUCUGGGCGCCACUGUGUUUGGGACAUGUUGACGGGAAAACACCACGAGGCAGGCCCAUGUCUAAGCUCCAACGAAGGAAUCAUGGACAUUAAUGGACAAUGGACAAGACUGGUGACUCACGGCAAAAUGCCGACAACAUCAUAAUCCUGCCGGCACAAUCCUACCUGUUUGGGACUGGGCCGGAUGCCGAGGAUCCAGAAGAAAAGAAAAGAGCGCAUAUUUUUUAUUAUGUGCUGUGCUGUGUUAUCAUAUAUCAAUGAGUAGUUGUCUGAUUAUUGUGUAAAUUGUUUGGAGAUGACCAGGCCAGGAGGCUAUCGUUCCAAGCGGAAGGUAAGAGGGGAAUUUUUCCUGGCUUUGAGAACAACAAAUAUAUACUCCCAAAUAAUAAUCAAAAUGCUCUUGGAGUGCAGGUUUUCGCCCCUCUCUGGCACCUCACCCUUGGAAAUUAGGCAUUUUAAUUAAUGAAUAAAGAAUAAAGAUUGGAUAGAAGGCCAACACCAAUCACCCUUGGUGAUUAGGCAUUUUGAUAAAUGAAUAAUAGGCCAAUACCAAGGGGGUCUGUAACAUAAGCUUAAGUUUUAAUGUACGAAGCCAUGAGUGAAUAGCUUGCUUGCACGUACAGGCUGACAUGAAUUCCGUAUAUGGGCUUAUUUUUGUCAAAGGUUCAGUUCGAAGGUUCAGUUUAACCAGUUGGAACCAGUUUGUUGCUUGUUUUGGAGAAGUGUUUCGAAGAAGUAAGCAAACUAUGUUGCAAUGUGCUGUACCCAGUACGAGAAACCAUCAUGUGAGUUAAAGAAUAUAGGCACAACGCCCUGGAUGAAAUAAGGAAGAACAUGAACCAACCAAUGAGAAAAAGUAAUGAUCAUGUAUUCAUGCAUAUUCAUCAGUAUGUCUAUAUAAUCAAUGUACUCCGUUUUGGGUGUUGUCCCUCCGCACUUGAUCAGCUGAGGACCCAUACGUCUGUAAUUCUUUCACUUUGGAGAUUAAAUCUACUUCUGCUAA